AAGUGUGUGUGUGCGCAAGGGUCCUACUUUGAAGGUGAUUAGGUAAGCGUUGCCAUAUGUCCUACCAUUACAGUGCUAUACCACAAUUCCGUGAACUUCUAGACUGCCCUACGUAUUUGCCUCUUAAGUGCUUUUCCUUCUGGUACUCGGUAAAUUUACUUGUAUGGAAAUAGUGUAUGAGAAACUUUGUAAGAAUGCAGGAGGAAAAUUCACUUAGGUUUCGUACAAAAUCAAUACAGGUCAGUGGAUGUGACAGUACUUAUUGUGUUCCUCAUUUGCAAUGUAAAAUAAGAGUGAAUUUCACAUGCAGUUGUCAGCUGCUAGUAUAAAUCAAAUCACAGACUAUGUAAAUUCAUAUUUACUGCCCCGAGAGAAGGAGUACUAUUAUAAUAAAACUGUGCACAUUUUGUAAUGGAGGCAAGAGCAGCAUUGAUUAUUCAGAGAUGAAUAAUCCUCUAUUUCAUUUAUGAAACAAAAUGAUAUUCAGAAAUAUUAAAUGAUGGGUUUAUUUAAGCUGUUUUCUGAUGUUCCAUGGGUCUUCAAUUAAGAUUGAGUUGUGUGUGAACUUCUUGCAUAGUUAAUUGUUUUGUGUUCAUUAGUUUUGAUGCCAUGAACAGUUGUUUCAUCUAUUUUAAGACUAUCAGAAAUUUCUUAUAGUUCAGUCUUUUGUUUUUAUUUUUUAUAUUGUAUUUUCAUUUUAGAUGAGAUAAUUUAUUUUAGUUACUGUUUUAUAAUAAUAUUCUUUUGUGAUGAUGAAACAGCAUUUUGUACCCACUCUCUGGCACUGUAGAGCUAUAAAGCACUGUGCACACCCACCCCUUUUUCUUCCAACCAUUCAUUCAUCAUACUUAUUAAGAGUAACCCAGUUUUGCAGUGUUGUGAAGGAAUGAAUAUAAAAAUAAUAGAAACAUUUCAUAUACGUGGUGCCGUGCAAAAGGAAGACACGAGAACAACAUAUUUUGUUGAAUGGAGAGUUGGACGACUGAUGCUCAGAAGUAAGUCCCAGAAAAUUUUUAUGCCACUUGUAUCUUUAUUGUGACUUAAAGUCAGCUCACAUUGAAACAAAAUUGUGAGCUCUGCAGUAUCUACAGCUUCAAGAAGUCGUAUGCCACCAAACUGAGAAUCGGGAGCUGAUAUUAGAGAUGAUUUUGUAUUUGUACGUGUUCUUUGAGGCAUGGGUACUUGUGGGUUAUCGGGACACAUCGCUUUAAAAAUAGGUUAGGUUAGGUUAAUGUGUGUGGAAAAAUGACAUAAAAUAUAUAUCAUUUAUCCACACACACACAUUAACCUAACUAAACCAAACCUAACCUAACCUAACUAAACCAAACCUAACCUAUUUUUAAAGCGAUGUGUCCCGAUAACCCACAAGUACUGAGGCAUGUAAGUACAUGAAUAGUUGAGAGAACUAUUGGGAUACUGAAAAUUACUUUGUUGUGUUACCAACAUGUGAGGCCUGCUUAGGGCAAAAAAUCAUUUCAGGUCAGCUUUGAGAAAGGACAGUGUCAAACAUAAUACAUUGUAAUGAAGUUAUUUAAAAUGAAUAUUAGAGCCCUUCAGAGAAGUUGCAUCUUGUAACAGGCAACUUUCCAGCUACUGAAGCUGUUCAUUGUACCAGCUUUUUAGUGGAAGUUUGAGUAACCAGAAAUAUUUUGUGACUUCAGGAUAAACAUGAGGACAAGAAGAUUGUUUUGGAUGUUAAAUGUACAAAACAAAAUACCUCUGUGAUAGUUAAGAAAGUAGACUCCUUAAUUUUUAGUCGUGCUCGCUCUUAGUUUAAAACAUAAUGUAUUUAGAUAUCCAUAUAAAAAGAUAUUCUACAUAUCACAAUUUGUACUAAUAUUUUAUAGAUACUUCCGUACACCAAAUAUUAUAAAAAUCUGUUUAUUCAGAUCACGGAAGUGACUAUCUUGUGAUAGACUUAAUUGUUGUUGCAGUGGGAUGAGACUAUGUCUAGAGAGAACUACAAUCUGUAAUGGGCCUAUUGUCUGUCCCCACAAAUAAUAUGUGAAUGAAUAUGAAGUAGCGGUGGAAUGAUAUUGACGGGAGAAAACCGAAAAUCUCUGAAAAAAACAUCUCCAAGUGCCACUUUGUCCACAACAAAUCACACACGGAUGAACACGAACCUGGUCCACUACGAUGAAUCCGGUGCUGGUGGCCUCUAAUCGAGAAUUCGAGUAAGUCAUCAUCACCUGGGUCUUCCUCAUUACUGCACUGGAAUCGCUCGCUCAGUCUGCCAGAACCAGCGGUCGCGGUAGGAUGCAGGAGCGCGGUGCUUGGUCCAGCCAACUGGAGUUCGUCCUGUCGUGCCUCAACUAUGCUGUCGGACUGGGAAAUGUAUGGAGGUUCCCGUACCUUGUGUUCAGGAACGGCGGAGGGGCCUUUCUAGUGCCGUACGUCAUCAUGCUGUUCGCCAUGGGUCUUCCUAUUUUCUUCCUGGAGCUCGUCAUCGGCCAGUAUUCUGGACUGGGACCCAACAACGCCUUCCAGAGGAUUGCGCCAAUCUUUCACGGGCUGGGUUAUUGCACCCUGGUUGUGAUCACACUUAUAACCAUCUAUUAUCAAGUGAUUAUCGCCUGGACAAUCUUUUACGUCUUUGCUUCGUUCACAAGUGAACUUGGUUGGGGAUCGUGUGGCCACGACUUCAAUACUAAUGAUUGUUACUCCGAGGCAGCUAAUGCCGAGUGCCUGAGUAAGUCGGAGAACGAGUCUUGGCCGCUUACAUUUAUUCACCGCACGUGUCGCCCAGUAGGGGAAAUUUGCGCAGAGAAUAAUCAGACUCUGCACAACUAUACGCACUGCUUCAAUGGCACAUACAACCAUCUUCAUUCUAUCGUUCAACGAGUACUAUCAUCUGAGGAGUACUACAGAGACUACGCACUGGGUAUCAAUGGAGCAACCUGGGAAUCAUGGGGCAUACUUCGCUGGGAGAUGGUCCUCUGUCUGUUGUUGUCAUGGAUCUUGCUGUAUCUUUGUCUCAUGAAAGGCAUCCAGUCCUCUGGGAAGGUUACAUAUUUCACCGCUUUCUUCCCUUACUGUGUGCUUCUAGCUCUACUCAUUAGAGGUGUAACCUUAGAUGGGGCCUAUGAAGGUAUCAUAUUCUAUAUCACUCCCACGUGGGAGUCUCUGACUGAUGCACGUGUGUGGGGUGAUGCAGCGUCACAAACAUUCUAUGCUCUUGGCAUAGGAUGUGGCUCAUUGGUCACUCUCAACCGAUUCAACAACAACUGUCACCGGGACGCAAUCUUAGUGUCAGUAGCAAACAUGCUGACAGCGAUAUUGGCCGGUUUUGUGGUGUUUGCGAUACUGGGCUUCCUUGCAAAGGAGAGUGGCGUGUCUGUAAAGGAUGUAGUUUCAUCUGGGCCUGGUCUCGCUUUCAUCACAUAUCCAGAAGCUGUUCUACGCAUGCCUCUGCCCCAACUUUGGGCUCUCCUGUUCUUCAUCAUGCUCUUCACUCUUGGCAUUGGAAGCCAGUUUGCAGGAGUUGAAGCAAUCAACACAGCAAUCAUUGAUCAGUGGCCAUCUCUACGCAGUCAUAAACACUGGGUGGUAGCAGGCACGUGCGCAGCGUGCUUUGUUCUUGCUUUACCCAUGUGCUGCAGUGGUGGUGUGUACCUCUUCACAGUCUUGGACUGGAACACUGCAUCCUGGGCUAUACUCAUGAUUGGAUUUGCUGAAGUGGCUCUUGUUGCAUGGGUAUACGGUAUCAGGCGCUUCCUUGAUAAUGUAUCAGAAAUGGGCAUGCAUCUUUCCAAGGUCACAAGAGUCUAUUGGAUCAUUUCUUUGACAGUGAUGGCCCCUGUCUUCAUAAUUGGGGUGUUGAUAUUCACUCUCACCAAAUUCAGUGCUGCUUAUUAUGACAAAUAUACAUUCCCUGAAUGGGUGGAUGGCCUUGGCUGGCUUAUUAGUAUUGUGUCUAUUUUACCGCUGCCAACAUUUGCCCUGUAUCAACUGUUCAAAGCCAAUGAGGUUGGAUGGGAACUACUGCAACCCAGCAAAUUGUGGGGCCCAGCAUCAUCAGUGACCCUGAUACCCCCCUCCUUUGGAGCCUGUGAGAGCAAUAAUAAACCAUAUAAUGGCUAUAAUAACAAUGAGAAACCAUCCAAUGCAUAUGAGAGCGUUAAUAGCUCUGCAGGGGCUGGUGGUGUAGUUGUGAGGACAGAACCAGAUCUUGUUGACAAUAAACAGACAGAAGUUAGUGCAUAUGAAAACAUUGCCUUCCAGUUUGAGAGAGGAGUUUGGUACUCCCCAAGUGGCAAGCUAUUAUGAGCACAAUUAUAAUCAUCACGUUCCAUAAGAGGCAGGAUAUUUUGUGACUAACUGAGUGUAUGUUAGUUUGUCAGAGAGAUUCUGUUGCAUGAAGUUAGUAGCUGAUUUGUUAUGUAGUUAAAUAGUUACUUAGUGAAUGAUACAAUUAUUUUGAUGUUUUUUAGUUGUCAGAUCUUAGUUCAUUGCUGCAGGAAGGUAAGGAUGACAUCAGAUAGUACAGCCAGUCAGUACACGUGUUAUGUGUAUUUGUUUUCUAUGAGAAAAGAAAUUAAAUAAUGACAACUGAAAAUUUUA